GAAUGAUCGUCGCUUCGAGAGGGAGGACGCGUGCGCGAGUGCCCUUCUGUGAUUACACGAGUGUGGAGAGUUGUUCGAUACGAUUUCUUCGUGACUCGGGAAUCAGUGUGUCAAAAUAGUGUCAGUGCAUCGACGAGAAAAUACAAAUCGGGUAGUGGCGAGAAGGAUAAUGUUCAAGUGUGUCGCCGAGAGGGCCGAGAAGGUUGCACGGAGUAAGACGAAACUCGCCGGGGAGAACGAGAACGCGUGACAGGUCUGGGCGAGGCUCGAGGAAGACGCCUCCGCGAGGAUUGCCGGGCGCAGCGAAGGAGGAAGUGGCGAGGGAUCGUGAGCGGUAGAAAGUAGAGUAGUAAGAUGCUAGUCUUCCCGGGCAACGGCGAGGCACCGACGAGGAUGGGAUCGGUGCUGUCGCAUCAACGACAACUUCGUCUGCUCCUGUCGAUCCUGGUGCUGUUGUCUCCUCGGCUGCCGGUCCGAUCGACGUCCGCCGACAUAGUACAAAGGUUCCACGACCCGGAGGUGAAGCGAAUGAACCAUCUGGUCGUGGACAAGAACACCGGCCGGGUGUACGUGGGCGCGGUGAACCGGCUUUAUCAGCUCUCGCCGGACUUGAAUCUCGUUGUGAAGGAAAUGACCGGGCCGAAAGGCGACUCGCCCGCUUGCUCCAUGAUCAACUGUCCCCGCGAAACGCCGACGCGGAUGGUCGACAACGUGAACAAGGUGCUGGUGAUCGACUACACGACCACCAGGUUGAUCUCGUGCGGAAGCCUGUUCCAGGGCACCUGCAGGGUACGAAAUCUGCAGAAUAUAUCGGACGUGGUGCAAGAAGUGCAGGAGGCGGUGGUGGCGAACAACGCUACCGCCUCGACGGUCGCGUUCAUCGCGCCGGGGCCCCCGAAUCCGCCCGUUUCUCAAGUCAUGUACGUGGGCGUCACUUAUACCGGCAACUCGCCCUACCGAUCCGAGGUGCCCGCGGUCAGCUCCAGAUCGUUGGACAAGGACAAGAUGCUGAACAUCGCGGAAUCCGCUGUCACCACGGGCACCAGGAUGUACGUGAACUCGUUGUCGCGCGAGAGAUACCCUAUCAACUACGUGUACGGGAUCAGCAGCGGCGGUUUCAGCUACUUCAUGACCACGCAGAUGAAGAACAGCAUGACGGCGGUGUUCAUAUCGAAGCUGGUCAGGGUUUGCCACGACGACGAGCAUUACUACUCGUACACCGAGAUACCGAUCAAUUGCACCAACAACGGCACCUACUACAACCUGGUCCAGGCCGCGUACGUGGGCAAGGCCGGCUCGGUUCUCGCCGUCGAUUUGGGCAUCACGGCCCAGGACGACGUGUUGUUCGCCGUUUUCGCCGAGAGCAACAGCACCAGCAGCGACGAACCCAAGGAACAUUCCGCGCUCUGCGUGUACUCGUUGAAGGCUAUUCGCAGGAAGUUCAUGACCAAUAUACAGAAGUGCUUCAGAGGCGAGGGUCACCGGGGACUGGAAUACAUCUCUCCGGGUCACGUUUGCAUCUUAACGAAACUGCAAACGAUCGGCGAGGAUUUCUGCGGUCUGGAUGUGAACACGCCUCUGGGAGGCGAGGACCCGAUGGAGGGCACCCCGGUGCUUACUUUCGAUAAACAUCUGACGGCGGUAGCUGCUACCUCGACCGGCGACUACACGGUCGUCUUCGUGGGCACGAGCAAGGGUCACCUGAAGAAGGUGGUCGUGGAGAGUUCGACCCUGGCCCUGGAAUACGGCGACCUGGAGAUCGAUACAAAUUCCACGGUGAAUCCGGACCUGUUGUUCGACUCGCAGCUGAUGCACCUGUACGUCAUGACGGAGAAGACCGUGUCCAAGAGAACGGGCCCUAGUUAUAGAAGCGGCCCGGCAUUCUGUCCUACGUUGAACGCGACCGAUUCCGAGGAGAUCCUGGUGUCUUCCGGCGUGAAGAAGGUGAUACGAGUCAAAGUGCACAUCAUCGGGCAAUUCAUCGUGCAGACUCGGUUCGUCUGUCAGUUCAACAUAGAAGGCCGUGUGACGAGCGUGAACGCUCGACUGCUUGCGGACACGAUUUACUGCGAGGAGACUGAAUUUGUAUACACAUCCCGCGCGCCUAACAUCACCGUGCCAUUCGCUGUGAUCUGGGGCGGUUCGAAGCCUCUGGACAACCCAAACAACAUCCAUCUGGUGGUAUACCGGUGCCACGACAUGGCAGACAACUGCGGAAUAUGCCUCACCCUGGCGACCAAGUACGACUGCGGAUGGUGUCAAAAUAAGGGCACAUGCGAGGUGGAGGAUAACUGCGAACGCAACACCGGCUCGUGGUUGAACAACACUCAGACUUGCCCGAACCCUGAGAUACACUCGUUCGAGCCGGUCAUGGGACCUUGGGAAGGUAACACGAACGUGACGAUACGUGGCAUCAACUUGGGCCAGACGUUCAAGGACAUCUACAGUGGUGUGGUGGUCAGUGGAUUACCCUGUCAGCCGUACGAAGAGCUCUACAUGCGCACGAAACAAAUUGUCUGUCGGGUAGACGGUCCAGGUGCGUCGCAAGGUAAAAGCGGACCUGUAAUGGUGACGAUCGAAGACUUCCGAGGCAAAUCCAAGUACAACUACGAGUUCGUGGAUCCUCAGAUCCUCUCCAUAUCCCCAAGAUAUGGACCCGUGAGCGGAGGUACCACAGUAAGGAUCACCGGCAAGUAUAUGAAUGCUGGCAGUACUAUCAAGGCAUUCAUCGAUAAGCUACCGUGCUCUAUAAUUAGCACAGAGAUGAACGAGGCUCUUUGCAUGACUAGUGCCAGUGGUCAUAAGAGAAAUGGCACGGUGAAGAUGUCGUUCGACGGUGCAAUAAGAAUGUACAGUGGAUAUUUCGAGUACGCGGAUGAUCCAACGAUCGAGAGCGUGGAGAGCGGCGUGGCUGGCCAAAUGAAAAUGCCAAAGGGUAUUCCAGCAGGCGGAAUAAAAAUCUCGGUAACCGGGAAGAACCUGGGCUACAUUCAAAGUCCGCAGAUGUACGUGUAUUAUGACGAGAAAAUGUUCGUAUCGCAGUGCGAAGUGCACAGUCAAGAGAGCAUGGUUUGUAAGUCUCCGACGAUCGAAGUUCCAGAACAGGUUACCUUAGACGCGGAAAAACCAUUGAUGCUGGAAUACGGCUUCCGUAUGGACAACGUGACGGGUGUGCAGAAUCUGUCGCAACACGGAUUCAACCAUUUCCUGCUCUAUCCGAAUCCUAUUUACGACGUAUUCGACGAGGAGAUCAAGUAUUAUAAGAGCGACUACUUGACCAUCAACGGCCAACAUCUGGAUCGCGCCUGUCAGGAAUCGGAUGUGAUAGUUCAAAUAGGAAAUUCCUUCUGCAAUGUUACCUCGCUCUCAAGACAACAACUCACGUGUAGACCACCCCUGACGCAACCACCAGCUAUCGACUCUGACGGUUUUCCAAACAAACAAGAACUACCCGAGGUGAUCGUGAUCGUGGGAGGCACACUUCGCUACAAUAUCGGGAAAUUGAGCUACGCACUGCCAGCUGGUCUAAACGGACCACUAUCGAAACCUGCUCUGAUCGGAGUAAUCGCCGCCAUAGUGGUCAUAGUGUUCGUGUUUAUCGCCUUCCUUAUCGCGUAUCGUCGCAAAUCCACCGAGAGCAACCGAGUGCUGAAGAACAUGCAAGAACAAAUGGACAUUCUAGAACUUCGUGUCGCGGCUGAGUGUAAGGAAGCAUUCGCUGAAUUACAAACGGAAAUGACUGACCUUACUGGCGACCUCACCAGCGGAGGUAUACCAUUCCUGGAUUAUCGAACAUACGCCAUGAUGAUAUUGUUCCCGAGCGACGACAAUAGCCCGGUACUGCAAUGGGACCGACCGGAAUUGGCACACAAAGAGAAAGGAUUGCGUUUGUUUGGGCAAUUGAUACUGAACAAGACAUUUUUGCUUCUCUUUGUAAGGACUCUCGAGAGCAAUCGAUACUUCUCAAUGAGGGACAGAGUGAAUGUAGCUAGUCUUAUUAUGGUUACGCUUCAGAGUAAAAUGGAAUAUUGUACGGACAUCUUGAAGACCCUCCUGGCAGAAUUAAUAGAAAAAUGUACGGAAGGAAAGAGUCAUCCGAAACUCUUCCUUAGACGAACGGAAAGCGUCGCUGAAAAGAUGUUGUCAGCUUGGUUCACUUUCCUCCUGUACAAGUUUAUGCGAGAAUGUGCCGGAGAACCAUUGUACGUACUAUUUCGUGCAGUGAAACAACAAGUCGAUAAGGGUCCUGUCGAUGCCAUUACGUCUGAAGCACGAUAUUCGUUAUCCGAAGAGAAGCUAAUCAGACAGUCCAUUGACUUCAAACCAAUGACGGUCUGUGUAUCUAUAUCUCAACAAACGGUCUUCGUCGGUGGUAUGGAUCCAAACACGGAGAACGUUCCAGUCAAGGUUCUCGACUGCGACACGAUAUCUCAAGUGAAAGAGAAGGCAUUGGACACGAUCUACAGAGCCACACCCUACAGUCAAAGACCGAGGAAAGAUGAUCUUGAUCUUGAAUGGCGAACUGGAGCCUCUGGUAGAUUAAUCCUCUAUGAUGAAGACUCAACGACAAAGACGGAAGGAGAAUGGAAAAAACGAAAUACGCUGAACCAUUACAGGGUACCAGACGGAGCGUCGCUCAACUUGGUCUCCAAGCAGUCGUCGAUUUACAAUCUAUCGAUCCUCUCCGAGAAAACGGACAAAUCGCACAAAUAUGAAACCCUGAACCUUAGUAAAUUCAGUUCAGCCAGCCCUCCGCUCUCCCGUGCCACGUCACCGUUAAAUCAGAAUCACGAUGGUGGUCUGAAAUGUUGGCAUCUCGUCAAACAUCACGACUCCGACGCACGAAAAGAAGGAGACCGUGGAAACAAAAUGGUGUCAGAGAUCUAUUUGACGAGGUUACUCGCCACGAAGGGUACUCUCCAAAAAUUCGUCGAUGACCUGUUCGAAACGAUCUUUAGUAUCGCCCAUCGGGGAUCGGCCCUUCCCCUUGCGAUUAAAUACAUGUUUGACUUCAUGGACGAUCAAGCACUGCAACACGGCAUAUCCGAUCCCGAAGUGGUUCACACAUGGAAAAGCAACUCGCUUCCACUCAGGUUUUGGGUGAACCUUAUCAAAAAUCCCAACUUCAUCUUUGAUAUACACAAGUCGAACAUCGUGGACUCAUGUCUGUCCGUCGUCGCGCAAACGUUCAUGGACAGUUGUUCCACUUCAGAUCAUAGAUUAGGUAAGGACUCGCCGAGUUCUAAACUGCUUUAUGCAAAGGACAUUCCAGUGUACAAAGAAUGGGUAGAACGUUACUACGCAGAUAUCAAAGUGAUGCCAGCCAUAUCCGAUCAAGACAUGAACGCCAUGCUUGCCGAAGAAUCUAGGUUGCAUACGUCGGAGUUUAACACGAAUUGUGCCCUGUACGAGCUGUAUACGUACGCGGGUAAAUACAACGAACAACUGAUAGUUACUCUGGAGGAGGACGAGUUCUCGCAGAAACAGAGAUUGGCGUACAAGCUCGAACAAGUACACAAUAUAAUGGCGGCGGACAACCCCUGAUGUACCAUGAACUCUAUGAAGCAUAUGACAAAGCCUGCCCGCCAAGAGUUACCCUGCUGAAUACUCGAUCGCAGUUAGGUACUCUUAAUGAAGCACCAAGAGGACUGGCCUAUGUUGUAAUUGAUCGUCUCAGGUUUCCGUGCAAGCCAGUUAUCUCAGCUUAGUACGCGAAUUAUUAAUACAAGAAGAAAUUGCACAACGGACCGCUGAAAUGUUCGAGCGAAAAAGUUUAAAAUGUCUACGAGAACUAAAGUGUGUGUGUGUGACAAAGUCUUCUGAAUUUGGUCGCUGGCUGGCAGGUGUGGCGAUAAUCACAUGGCGCAUUGUCACGCAUAAUUGUACAUAAAAUACCAAAAUCACAAUUAAUUGUAAUAGAAUUAUCGAUGUGCACCCACACCCCCCGGCGACCACAGCUACAUACAAAUUGAAAACUGAAACACUUCGCGCGCUAUGAAAUCGUCGUGGUGACGAUUCACGUGCCGCAACCGGCGGAUAGGGUUUUAAAGCGAACGAAAAUAAUAGGACAUUAGUGUUAUAAGUGAGUGAACGAAUCAGCCGAUCGAUCCGAUAACCUGUAAACGUGUUUAAAACGGCCGAUAUUUGCCGCCACUAUCGGGGAUCGGCGAUUUUUAACGAAGAAACAUUUCCAUCCACCGCUACUAGCUGAAAUUUUUUUGAAUUACGAACUGACGAAUUUUAAUAAAUAAGAUAAUUAACGAUUAACGAUGAUUAAUUAAACAAUAUGGGUAUAUUAUAUAUACAUGGAUGGUAUGUCGUAUGUAUAUGUGUACAUAUAUACACUUUAUACCGGCGCAAAAGUAUGUGUGUAUGUAUAUGCAGUAUCCGAAAAAUGAGCGCACGUACAGUAUCGGCGCUAAUGCCAAAAUAUUUCUCUCGUCACGGUUGAUCAUCGUUGUGCGAGAAAGCAGAGGUUAAACCAAGUACAGAACACAGAUAUCACAUUAGCAAUUCUUGUCCAAAUUUGUAAUCGUGAACUUUCAUCGACGAUUGCGCAGUUCGCCAUACUGUACGUACGCUAUGCAUUACGCGUAUUAUUUAUACUUACAUGCAUCCAAAACGAAAAAAAAAAAAAGGAAGAGGAAGGAGUCAUCCGCGAAAUCGGAGACAGACUGUGUAUUAGUUGAUAGAUAUUAAUCUAUGGACUAUGGCCGCGCGCGAGGCCAGCUCGAUGUGACGGUUGUGUUGAGUGUGCGUGCUUCCCCUCCUUGGUCUCCAGCUCAUUGUUCCAUUUUAUCAUUAAUCGUUCAUUCUCAUCGUCGUGCAUCCAUCACCUGAUGUUCACCCGAUCAUUGUCGCGCUAUUCAUGUUCAUCAGAAAAAUUCCCCAUUAUCCUCGUGUCAUCAUUACCUCUCUUUAUAUUACAUGUAGUAAAGAUGUCCACUAUCGGCGCCUCUUCUACUCUUUCUCAUCAUUCCUAAAAAAAUCACAUUGUGCCACUCUCUCUUCUCCCUUGUAAUGCUUCAACGCCUCCGUCGUCAUGUUGUUGUCACUCUUAAUUAUUGUAAUAUAUAAUGAAUAACGAUCACUGUUGAGUAUUGUCUGAUUGUAAUACAUUGAUAUUGAAUUGAUAUGAAUUGAUAAUCAUUAAUUAAAGCGUAACAUUAAACUCUGUGGAUGUAGCCACAUUGGUAUGGGUGGGAGUUUAAGACAAUUGAUGCAGAUGAGAAUGGUCGGGAGCCGUUCGCGAUAGACAGCACUCAAAAAUCACUUUGUCCUAGAAACGUUUUACCUGCGCGCCAUUUUCAAUUGUGUCGAAUCGAUAUUCGUUUUUAUCUAUAUAUACAUAUAUAGAGAGAGAGGGAUCAAAAAAUGGUAUCAUGGUUUUCGAAAAUCCUUUGCUAGGAAUUUUCACAAUCUAUCGUUUCUUCCAAGUUAAUCGUACGCACGGUUAACGUAACACUUUCACAAACGCACAUCGAAACCCAAUAUGGCGUUUCGUCACGUGAUAAGACUUUUCGAGACCGCGUAGGUUAGUUUCGAUUAUAUAUCGAUACUAUCGAAAAAAGAAUUCAUAUCGCCGAAGGUGUUCGUACCGAAGCAACCUUCGAUAGUUCUGUCGACGCGAGCGGCUAGUUGUGAAUGUGUAUUGUUCGUGUAUGCGUGAGUGUGUCCCGUGCGUCAAUUCAAUGUGCAGUUGUCAGUGGAGAAAGUAUUUAUUGCUCAAAAAACAUCGGAAGACCGUGUGUGGAAAGGUAAGGCAGCAGGGAAAGAUGCGGAGUUGGUAGGCUACGGGAAAGGAACGGGGGAGGGGGAAUGGAUGGGUGCGUAAAUUCAAGCGGUGAACGUACGUGAAACAUGAAGAAGAAAAAAAAUGGAUCACAGACAGGGUACUCCGCCAAGUCGAGAAAUACGGAAAAAAGCGAUAGAAGCUCACGUCGUUCAGUCGCUGUAUCAUUUGCAAAAGAUAACAAAUACAUAAAUAAAUAAAAAUAACAAAAGACAAAGGACUCGCAGCGCCCUCCCCCGCGCACGCCGACUUCAAAUGGUACUAAUAAACCCAAAGUGCCUCUGGUAGAUUUUUGGGCAUAAGCUUGAGUAAUAAAGACUACAUAGCGUUUACUAUAAAAGCACGACUACGACGCGAUCGCUGAUUGUAAUAAAAUGAUGAUAAUAAUAAUUUAAAAAAAAAAAAGAAAGGA